AUGAAUGAUCUGAUUGUUGGUAGUUUUAGCUUUAUUAUCCGCAAUGGUUAUAAUACUCCAUUAUGGUAUUCUAAGUGGUUGGACGAUAUAGCUUUGAAUGAGGCUUAUCCGGAUUUAUUUUUUGCCUCUCGCCUUAAAAAUGUGUUGGUGGCGGCCAUGGGAGGGUGGUCGGAGGAGGAAUGGAGGUGGGGGGAUUUAGGCCUUCCCGGUUCCGUGGUGGAUGAUCUGGUCCUAAGGGGUCUUUUGUUGUCUUUAAAGAGCCGCUUGGAGAAUUUCAAUGGUUGGUCGGGAGGUAAGGAUACAGUGGUUUGGAAUGGAAAUUCGGAGAGGGAUUUCUCGGUUGCUUCUUGUUAUGAGCACUAUGAAAAGUCUUUUAUUUCUUAUGGUCCCCUAAUUAAGCAUGCGGAAGCCUUUGAUCUUUUGUGGGAUAUGGAUGCUCCUUUCAAAAUAAAGGCUUUUGGUUGGAGGUUAUUUCACAAUAGGCUCCCUAUGAAGGACCUCUUGGAGUUCCGAGGUAUGUCUUUAUCCUCAGAAGAUUUAAAGUGUAUUUUUUGUGGCAUUAGUAAGGAGAGUAGGGAUCAUUUGUUUUUUGGUUGUUUGGUGGUGAAAAAUAUUUGGAAUGAUAUAGCUUUUUGGGUGGGUAAAGGGGUUUGUUACGAAGAAGAGUGUUUAUCGAAUUUUAUGGAUUGGCACUUGUUCUUUCAUAGUAAAUUGGUGUUGGAUAGAAAGUUGGAUAUUAUUUGGUUUGCAACAACUUGGUGCCUUUGGUUGGUUAGGAAUGGGGCUUGUUUUUGUAAAGAGGAUUGGAGUGUUAACAACGUUGUUUGGAACAUUAAGUUGUUGGCUUGGAGAUGGUCUUUUUGUGGGAAAAUUACUCAACCCAAUUAUUCCUUUUACGAGUUUUGUAAGGAACCGUUGUACUAUCUCUCGUAA